UGAAAUAUAUUAUCUAUGGGCUCAGAUUGAAAAUAAUUUAUAGGUUACAAUUUUUUAACUUACUAAAUACUAGUAAUAGUACAAUUGUUUGAAAUACUUCAUUUGCUGAAAUGUACUUUAAUUAAUAUUUCAGUAUUUCUUUAUUUCUCAUAUUUAAUUUCUAAAUGGCGCUACAGUUUGGGGUAAAACAUCUGUUUCCUGUAAGCAAAUGCUUGGUUAAAAAUAUACUUUUGAAAAAUGUUUGUAAAUAUAGUUCUAAGAGUACCCCUACGACAACCCAUGCCCUUCAGGAUAUUACUGACUGGGAAACAUUGAAUAAAAAGAAAAAAACAAGUAAAGCUAUGAAAGCGUACUUAGAAAGAGCUAAAGAACAUGAUGAAUUUAUGAAAAAGCAAGAGUUCGAAUUCAAUAUUGGUAAGAGGCACCUAGCAAAUAUGAUGGGUGAAGAUCCAGAAACAUUUACUCAAAAAGACGUUGACCGAGCAAUUGAAUAUUUGUUUCCUAGCGGUAUUUAUGAUCCUGCAGCUCGUCCUCUAAUGAAGCCUCCAGAAGAAGUAUUUCCAGCGCGUAAAGCAGCUGAAUUUGAUGAAGCCGGAAGACCACAUCAUUUUCUAUUCUACACAGGAAAACCAAAUUUUUUCAAAUUGUUAUAUGAUGGUGCUGAACUUAUACAACAGGCUUAUGAUUUUCAGGACAAGGUUACUAGGAAAAAGGCAGUACCUGAUCCUAAUGGUGAGCUCAAUAUAGGUAAUAGUGCAUGGUUGACUAAAGAUCAACUUGAACAAGUUCUAGUAGAGAAUAUCACAGACUUGGAAUAUGAUAAUUUCAAAUUAUUAAUGGAGAGAUUAGUGUCUCUUCCAUACUCAUAUAGACAUAAAGAAUUUAUAGAGAAAUAUCAGAAGCCAUUGGCUACACAAAAGUUUGCUUUAGAAAUACCUAAACCUAGCUAUGAUGAUGAAGGCAGAGCCUUUGUGACUACAUAUGAAUGUUUAAGAAAAAAAGCCAGAGGCGAUGUGACUAUUCGUGUUCCUGGAACUGGAAAGAUUACUAUAAAUGGUAAAGAUUUGACUUACUUUGAAGAUAUACAACCUAGAGAACAAGUUAUGUUUCCAUUAUUCUUUACUAAUAUGCAGCAAAGUGUUGAUGUGGAAUGUAAUAUUGAAGGUGGUGGACCAACAGGUCAAUCUGGAGCUAUUAGAUGGGGUAUUGCUUGGGGUUUACGAAGUUUUGUUGAUAAACACAUGUUAGAGAAAAUGCAAGUAGCUGGUCUGCUAACUCGUGAUCACAGGCGUCGUGAACGUAAGAAGCCUGGCCAACCAGGAGCUAGAAAGAAGCCUACUUGGAAGAGGCGAUAAUUAGAUUUAUAUGCAAAUGAUACUAAUAAAAUUACACCAUUUAUUUUAGUUUUAUUAACAUACACAUUUAGUUAUCAAGUUAAUAAAUUAUUAUUUUACACAG